UUGGCCAUGCGGCACCGUUGGCCGCUUCCUCAGUCCAAGUUCAACCUGCGCCAGGUGCAGAUGAUCCGCUGGCCGUGAAUUAGUCCAAAAACGUUUCCUUUUGUUGUGUUUUUGUGUUGUUCUUUUUUUUUUCCUUGUUGUUAUUGUGUUUUACCUAUCCCAAAAGCCACCGUCGACGUCAUCAGUGCAUUAUUUUAUUUUCGGUUAUUUGAUUAUUUGGCAAUCGCAUAAAUUCACGCUAUUCAUAAACAUAAACAUAAACAUAAACGUAGAAAAGGCCGAAUGUAAAAGCGGCCGAAAUGUCUCUCGCAAUGGCGCAGCAGCAGCAGCAAAAACAGCCGCGACUCAUUAGACUCUUCCUCCAGUUAUUUUUAUUUACCUUGAGCUAUCGAGGCACGUGUGGCUAUUAUGAGGAAAUGCGUUAUCCUUGCGCAUUCAUUGAUACCACAAAUAUUAGCGGCAGCUAUGCCAUGGACAGCUCCUUCAAUGGCUCCUACAUUCACAAUUGGACUGUUAUACCCAGAGAAUGGGUGGCCAUCUAUGAUUUUGUGAUUGAGGAUGGUGUUCGGGUUCCAGCUCGACGACAUCUUCGGGGUUGUGUGUGCAAGCAAACGCCUUGUGUGCGAUUCUGUUGUCCCGAUGGUCAGAUCUAUGAUCUGAAUGAGAAACAAUGUAGGCAACCCCAUUCAAUGUCAGUCAACAAUUUGCCACCAGAUCACAGUCAUAUGGAUAUAGAACUAAAUAACGGUUCCCUUAGGCAUAUAGAAUUGAGAUCAUUAUAUAGCAUUCAUGUGGAAACGCCGUGUAAGCAUAUGAAGGCUCUUCGCAAAAACAUGGAAUAUGUUCAUUGGACCCUACACGAGAAUGGCACUAUAACCCAUCGUGGACAUAUGUUUACGAAGCAUUAUUGCUUCACUCCAUUACAAUUGGCCAAUGCCAGUUGGGACUGGCAGCCUUUGGCCUGUGCCCCAGAGAAACUUCAUUUCAUAUUGGGCACACGCGAAUGGACCUAUGCCAUAUGUCUCUUUAUAUCGAUUAUAUCGAUGUUUAUUGUGCUGAUUGUUUAUAUAAUGUGCUCGGAGAUGAGAAAUUCCUUCUACGGCAUGGCCAUUAAAUCAUAUGCCGUCUGUUUAAUAUUUGGCUAUGCAUUAUUGGCUUACCUGACCCUCCACGAUCCAGCGAAUAUAUCGAGAGCAGGCUGUCGUAUCAUACCUAGCUUAGCUCUGAUGCACUUGUUAUUGUCCUUCUACAUACUCAGCUUUAUAUCCUUUAAGCUCUAUCUAAGCUUUCAUGGCGUGGUGUUGACCAAAUUGAUGUUUUGGCUGAUAUUCACACCAAUUGCUUUUAUUGCGGUGGGUUGGUCCUGUUUCGUUUGCUUUAGUUAUCAUGGAUCCAAGUUGGUCUUUGGUUCCGAUACUUGUUGGUUUGAUCCUCGCAAUUGGUCUGUCAUGGUUUAUUUCUUUGCACCCAUUUUUAUAGCUUGCGCCAUUAGUGGUUUCUUCUAUGUUUUAUCGUUGAUUUAUCUUAGCGAACAGCCUGAAAUUGAGGCCGAAAAGAAUUUCGAAUCAAUUGAGAAAAAUCGUUUCAAGUCAUUUUGGAAAUUUUUUGGUUACACGGCGCUGGCCUGGUUUGUCUGUGUCUGCUCAUUUGCCUUUAACUAUUAUCGAGGUGAAAGAUCACAUUUGAAUUAUGCCGUUUGCAUUUGCAUGGCCUUCCAUGGAUUCGCUGCUCUCUAUGCUCUAAUAGGCAAAAAUCAACAGAUACAAAAUUUUCUGCGGCGUAUCGAGGAGAACAAUGAUGAUGAAAUAUCUGUGCCCAUGUCCAGUUUCUAAAAGAAUUUUUAUGUACCCAAAGCAAAUAUCAAAACAUACUUAAUGAAUCGAUUCAGGAAACUCAUUGAAUGAAAGAAGACUAUAAAAUUUGAUUUUAAAACAGGCAAUAAUACUUUUUCAACUGAAACCAGUUGAGUUUGAAAUUGGAUUAACUGAUAAGCAAUACUUAUGAGCCGUGUCGCAAACCGCUAGCAAAGACGCAAACCAGAAAGCUUUCGGUGUGCGUUUGUUGGUUUUUUUGUUGCCUACUUUGCGGCAAGUUUUGUUUCAUUUAUUGUGCCAUCAUAAUUUAUUUAGUGAAUGAAUUUCAAAACUAUUCAUCUUAAAAAAAAAAUG